ACAAUUAUUCCGCCGACUGUGGCUGAAAAGCGCGUGCGAAGCCUCAACGAUCUCAACACGGCGGCGCGUGGAAGCGCCAGCAGCCCAGUGGUCGCGCCGGGCACGCGCUUUCGCCCUGCUCACGCCCUCCCCACCGCUCCCUUCCCCGCCCAUCCGCGGCGCGCGCCCGCGCAUCGGUCGCCGUGUCGUGAGCGCGCCCGAAUGCACGUGAACUGUCAGCGAGUGCUUGCUCGCGGGGGAGUCCGUGCGGGUUCGAAGCGUGGGGAGCGCGGACACGUCGAGGGGAGCAGUUUCAAUGAACAACACAGCAAUAUGUCAACUGCGACUUCUUCCCUGAGCAUCGAGACCAAGUAGCAAAAACAGGUGACCUUCUCCCGCUCCUCCUUGCUUUGCUGGUGUCUCCUCCUCUGUCUUCAUUCCUAGUCCCCUACAUCUGCCCACUCCUGCCGGAGCCAUGGGGUCUUUUUCUGCGCCGUCCCACCUUCCCCUGCUCGUGCUCCUGCUGCUCCCAUUGCUCCAGCCUGGCGCUCCCGAGUCCCAGCCUGUUGAGGAACAGGAGCGUGCCUCGCCGUCCGUCUCCCCGGAGCUGUAUGGCAAUGACACGGGUGGCCUCAAGCGCUCUUGCUCCGACUCAGACAUGUGCAGCCCUGGUAUUCUCCUCCCCGUGUGGAUGCCCCAGAUGCCCGGCCUGGGGGACCAAGUGGCCCGGGCUGUCGUAUACUUUGUCUCCCUCAUGUACUUGUUCUUGGGCGUGUCCAUUAUUGCUGACCGCUUCAUGGCCUCCAUCGAGGUCAUCACCUCGCAGGAGAAGGAGGUGACCAUCACCAUGCCCAAUGGAGAGACUUCAGUGGCUACCGUCCGCAUCUGGAAUGAGACGGUGUCCAACCUGACGCUUAUGGCCCUGGGCUCCUCAGCACCUGAGAUCCUCCUGUCCGUCAUUGAGGUAUGUGGCCACAAGUUUGAGGCGGGUGAGUUGGGACCAGGCACCAUCGUGGGCAGUGCUGCCUUCAACAUGUUUGUGAUCAUCGGCGUGUGCGUGUGGGUCAUCCCUGAUGGCGAAUCCCGCAAGAUCAAGCACCUGAGGGUUUUUUUCAUCACAGCCUUCUGGAGCAUCUUUGCCUACAUAUGGCUCUAUCUCAUCCUCGCUGUGAUCUCACCAGGCAUUGUGGAGGUUUGGGAGGCUCUGGUCACACUCCUCUUCUUCCCAGUGUGUGUGAUCCUAGCCUGGGUUGCUGACCGGCGUCUGCUUUUUUACAAGUACAUGUACAAACGCUAUCGAGCAGACAAGCGCCGUGGCAUUGUGGUUGAGACUGAGGGAGAGAUGACACCCAAAGAUGCUGAGAUGAUCAUGGAUGGAAAGUUACCUUCCCGGGGGGGCACAGCAGGCUGUACACCCACUGAGAACUGCCAGGAUGGGAACAGUUUCACAGGGGCCAUCGCUAACCUACCCAACUCAAACAGCACCACUGUUACCAUGGAGAACACCAAGGACCUAGAUGAAAGUCGGAAAGAGGUCAUCCGCAUCCUGAAAGACCUGAAGCAGAAGUACCCAGACAAGGAGCUCGACCAGUUGGUGGAGCUGGCCAACUACUAUGCCCUAUUGCACCAGCAGAAGAGUCGCGCCUUCUACCGCAUCCAGGCCACAAGGAUGAUGAUCGGGGCAGGAAAUGUGCUGAAGAAGCAUGCUGCUGACCAUGCCAGGCGGGUGGCAGCCACCGAGGACUCUUCUGAAAAGGAUGACCUGGCCACCUGCAGUCACAUCACCUUCGAGACCUCUCACUGGCAGUGCAUGGAGAACUGCGGCACACUUGCCGUUGCAGUCAUCUGCCAAGGCGGCACAGGCGAAAGCACCUUCUAUGUAGACUACCGCACAGAGGAUGGCACUGCCAACGCUGGCUCAGACUAUGAAUACAGCGAGGGCACGCUGGUCUUCAAACCUGGUGAGACCAGGAAGGAAAUAAAGGUGGGAAUCAUCGAUGAUGACAUCUUUGAGGAAGAUGAGCACUUCUUCGUGCGGCUGAUGAACCUACGGGUGGGCGAUGCAGAGGGCAUGUUUGAGAGCGAGGGGGCAGGCAUGGCGCCAAAGGGCCGUCUGGUGGAGCCGCUGGUGGCCACCGUCACCAUCCUGGAUGACGACCACGCUGGCAUCUUCACCUUCAGCGAGCGUCUGGUGCGCGUGAGCGAGAGCGUGGGCACCAUGGAGGUUACGGUGGUGCGCAAUUCGGGCGCUCGAGGCACUGUGAUUGUGCCCUACCACACGGAGCCAGGUUCCGCACGCGGUGGUGGCAUCGACUAUGAGGAUGCGCGUGGGGAGCUCGAGUUCACCAACGAUCAGACAACGCAGACUCUGAAGAUUCGUAUUAUUGAUGACGAGGAGUAUGAGAAGCACGAGAACUUCUUCGUCGUGCUGGAGGAGCCACGGUGGCUGAAGAGAGGAAUAUCAGCUCUGCUACUGAACCAAGAGAACCAGGAGGGCCAGCUGAGCGCAGAGGAGGAGGAGGCACGACGCAUUGCGGAGAUGGGGAAGCCAAUCUUGGGCGAGCACAGUCGGCUGGAGGUGGUCAUUGAAGAGUCCUAUGAGUUCAAGAGCACUGUGGACAAGCUCAUAAAGAAGACUAACCUGGCCCUUGUGAUUGGCACUCAUUCCUGGAGGGAGCAGUUCAUAGAGGCUGUAACAGUCAGUGCAGGUGAUGGUGAUGAGGAUGAGGAGGAAGGGCGGGAAGAGCGCCUACCCUCCUGCUUUGAUUAUGUCAUGCACUUCCUGACAGUGUUCUGGAAAGUUCUGUUUGCUUGUGUGCCGCCCACUGAGUACUGGAAUGGCUGGGCCUGUUUCAUUGUGUCCAUCAGUGUCAUUGGAAUUCUCACUGCCAUCAUUGGGGAUCUGGCCUCGCACUUCGGCUGCACUGUGGGCCUGCGUGACACUGUCACCGCUGUGGUCUUUGUGGCCUUGGGGACCUCCAUCCCUGACACCUUCGCCAGCAAGGUGGCUGCUACGCAGGACCAGUAUGCCGACGCCUCCGUGGGUAACGUGACCGGCAGCAAUGCAGUGAAUGUCUUCCUGGGCAUCGGAGUGGCGUGGUCGGUGGCAGCCGUGUACUGGCACGUGCAGGGGAAGGUGUUCCGCGUGGAUCCCGGCUCAUUGGCCUUCUCCGUCACCCUCUUCACCAUCUUCGCCUUUAUUUCCAUGGGUGUUCUGCUCCUGCGUCGACGGCCCUCCAUUGGCGGAGAGCUCGGUGGACCUCGUGUCCCGCGGGCCCUCACCACCCUGCUGUUUUUCGGCCUCUGGUUCCUCUACAUCCUCUUCUCCAGCCUGGAAGCCUACUGCCACAUUAAGAGCUUCUAAAAGCUGAGAAGAGCAUGGAUGCCCAUGCACUCAGAGCGAGUACGCAUCCAUCCUGUUUUUGAUGGCACGGGCCUCAGCCGGGAAUGUGCAUGGCAGCCUGACAUCGUGUGAUAACUUCCUUCCAACAAAAAAAAAAAAACACCUCACACACACACAAGCCCAUUCAUUAAAACUACACAUGCAUUUUUCUGUUAUAUGGCCAAACCUACACCUUGGCCCUUUUUUUGGGGGAAAUUGGAGUCACGUUUAUUACAGCAUAUCUGGGACAUUUGUAACCAUUUGCACUGAAACACACACAUUCAGCUGCUAGACAGUAAGCUAAGUAUUUGUGGGGGAGAACUGAUGGAAUAAAGAAUGUCUUAGAGGGGCAGAAUGAGAUGAGAGACUUAAAGUGACACAGCGAGUAGAGAGAAGGUUGAAUUGAAGGCGAGAAGAGAAUGUGUGAAAGAGAGAAGGGGACAGAGGAGAAAUACAAGACUGGAUGGUGGUUUACUGAACUCAUGUUUGGAGGAGAAGGUGCUGUCCACAAGGACUCCCUUUGUUUAGGUGGCACAAAACCACGAUGGACUGUUUUGAGGACAGUCUGGCCCUUCUGUGGUCCUGGGGGCUCAAACUGUCACUUGUGUAGGCAAGAAGAAAUAGGACUCAUCCAGCGUGUUUGUGCAAUCUUAUGAAAUAACAACUUGGUUCAGAAUCUCAACUCCUUUUUUUCAUUGUCAUUUCCCACAAAGCAGUUCUGAUCACAUUCCCACUGUUUCAAUCUGAGGUAUGUGGAUAGAAGAACUUCUCACACAUUGAGAGCAUUCAGUGUUGGUCUCAUGACUGAAAUGGGGAGCAUGUUAGUCUUCAUGGAAAUCUGAUGCCCAAGUGGCUUGCGUCAUGUUGGUCUGAUAGGACACCAUUCAUCUUCAUCUUCUGCAUGAAGAGUAUCACAUCCACCAGUUGUGUUCACAACCACUAUGCUUCAGCAGAACCCGAACAUUGUGUACAUCAAAAAUUUGUGCUAAUAGAAUAUGUGUGUGUGUGUGUGUGUGUGUGUGUGUGUAUGUAUUUAUUUAGCUGUUUUACUACUGCAAACACUGUAUUCAUUUUGAAAAGAGGAGAUGAUUCUUCAUGUCAUCACUUUUAAGUGGUAUGGUUCAUUACAUGGGCCAAAAGCAUAGGUUUAUAGCCAUUAUAGUGUGAAGUUUGAGGAGUUCAACAUCUGGUUUGUUAUGUAAAAACUUCACUAUCAUCUAAUGCUCAUGUUUUACGGCAGGCAGUAAGUAUGUUUGUACUUUGAAAGUAACGGUAGAAAUAUGUUUCAAAGUCAGUUUUACUUUGAAAGCAGGUAUUACAAAUAUGAUAUUUGUAUUUGUGGCCUUGAAGUUCUAUUUCUCUUGCUUUUGUCUCUGACAAAAUAUUUGGUGAUAGAGUAAGAUGAAAGUGGUCUUAAAAGAGGUAAGUAUCCUAAUAUAUUAGUGUAGUAAGUGUUCAGUGGGUAUCUCACAAUAAUUUGAAAACCUUCCAGAAAGUGUUACUUCCUCUGAUAUCACACGGUUAUUUAUUUCCCAAGUUACCUCAUAUAGCUUCAUAUACCAUUUCAAAGUCAAAGUUACUCUAAAAUUACAUUCCAAGGAGUGGAGAUUUAUUUUAAGUCUAUUUUGUCAGCUUUACAUGGUGUUUAGUUUAAUUUU